AUGACGUCCAACUCGUCAUCCUCCAUGAGAGGAUUGACGCAGUACAUUGCAGACUUACGAGCAUGUCGAGUUCGUGAGCUCGAGGAGAGGCGCAUCAAUAAGGAGAUGGCACACAUUCGUCAAAAGUUCAAAGACGGUCAGUUGGAUGGCUACCAAAAGAAAAAGUACCUCUCCAAGAUCGUGUUCACCUACAUCCUCGGCUACCAGGUCGACAUCGGUCAUAUGGAAGCGGUCAACCUGAUCGCGAGCAACAAGUACUCGGAAAAACAGAUCGGCUAUCUUGCCAUCACCCUACUCAUGCACGAAAACUCGGACAUCGUUCGUCUGGUCGUCAACUCGAUUCGCAAGGACUUGGACGAGAUCAACGAGGUUAGCAACUGUCUGGCGUUGCAUGCGAUCGCCAACAUUGGUGGAAAGGAGAUGGCAGAGGCUCUGUCAGGCGAUGUUCAUCGUUUGCUCAUCUCGCCAACAUCCCGAAGCUUUGUCAAGAAGAAGGCCGCCUUAACGCUGCUCCGCCUCUACCGCAAGCAUCCCGAGGUGAUCCCGGCAGAGGAUUGGGCGUUGCGCAUCAUUGCCAUUAUGGAUGACGAUGAUCUGGGCGUGGCUCUCGCUGUGACGAGCUUGGUGAUGGCCAUGGCACAGGACCAUCCCGAAGCAUUCGCAAGCUCCUAUCAAAAGGCCGUGCAUCGUAUGCACAGGAUCGUGAUUGAAAGCGAUUUCACCUCAGAGUACGUCUACUACAAAGUUCCCAUCCCAUGGCUUCAGGUCAAGCUGCUUCGUCUACUCCAGUACUAUCCCAGUCCGGACGAUCCGACGCUCAGAUCUACCAUCGAGACGGUGCUCGAUGCGAUUAUCAUCAAUUCGCAAGACAGCCCCAAGAACGUGCAGCACAACAACGCGCAGAACGCCAUCUUGUUUGAGGCCAUCAACCUCGCCAUCCAGCUCGACACUGAAUCGGCAGUCGUGGCAAAGGCAGCCGUCCUGCUGGGCCGCUUCAUUUUGUCGCGCGAGACCAACGUGCGUUACCUCGGUCUCGAUACCAUGGCGCAUCUGGCAGCAUGUGCCGAGAGCUUGGAGCCCAUCAAGAUGCAUCAAAACACCAUCAUCCUUUCUCUGCGCGACAAGGACAUCUCGGUACGUCGCAGAGGCGUCGACCUUCUGUACAGCAUGUGCGACGUGACCAACGCCAAAGUCAUUGUCUCGGAACUGCUCAAGUACAUGCAGGUGGCCGACUACGCGCUCAGGGAGGAAAUGGUGCUGAAAAUUGCGAUCCUCACGGAAAAAUUCGCCACCGAGUACAGCUGGUAUGUCGACACGAUUCUACAGCUGAUCAGUUCUGCGGGUGAUCACGUCAGCGAAGAGGUGUGGUACCGUGUCAUUCAGAUUGUCGUCAACAACGAAGAUGUGCAGGAGUACGCUGCGACUAAAGUGCUCGAGCAUCUCAAAUCGUCAACGUGCCACGAGAACAUGAUUAAAGUGGGCGGCUACAUCCUCGGUGAAUUCGGCCAUCUGAUCGCGAACAAUCCGGGAGCGAGCCCCAUCGAGCAGUUUCAUACGCUGCAUUCGCGAUCGCAUCUGUGUUCGCAGGCGACACGUGCGUUGCUGCUCUCGACGUACGUCAAGUGGCUCAAUCUGUUCCCUGAGAUUCGCGAGCAGAUCCUGUACGUGCUCAACAGGUAUAGGCAUGUGCUCGACGCUGAGCUGCAGCAGAGGGCGUGCGAAUACGUGGCGCUGGCCGAGCUGCCGGACGAUGAUCUGUUGCAAGCCGUGUGCGACGAGAUGCCUCCGUUUGCGGAACGAUCGUCAUUGCUGCUCAGUCGGCUGCACAAGAAACACACAGAUACCGAAGAUAAGCGGACGUGGAUCAUUGGUGGUAAGGACACCAACCGUGGUAGGGAGACGGCGAGGCUCGAGAGUCUCAAGAAGGGUAAAGCCAACGGAGGAGCUAUGCCGACCGGUCAUGCUGGUUCGGUGAUUCCCGCAGGCCAUCGCAGCGAGGUGGUCACAGCUGAUACGAUGCGCAACGGCCCUAACGGCGUCAACGACGAUGCAGACAACGUGCUGGCCGGAUUGGAGGGGCUCGAUAUGAGCGCGCCGACGCCUGCACUCGAAGAUACAGGAAUGCUCUCCGAACAACCUUUGAUUGGCGGUGAUACGCCGACCAGCACAUCUGCACCCACCACACCAUCCACAUCGCUCAACACGAAACCGUUGACCGCGGGCGCCGACAAAUUCUUCCAGCGCCUCUGCUUUGCGCCCGAAGGCGUCCUGUACGAAGACAGUCAGAUCCAAAUCGGACUCAAGACCGAGUAUCACGCACACCAAGGACGUCUGGUGCUCUACUUUGGCAAUAAGAUCUCGGUCAAUUUCAACGCAUUCACAGUCUCUGUUCGCUCACAAGAGCCGGCGAGCUUGAGCGUGACGGUGCCCAAGAUCGUGACCAACAUGCUUGGCGCCAUGACUCAGACGCAGACACUGGUGGUGUUGGAGUGCAAGGAUCUGUUCACACAGCCGCCGAUGCUCGAAGUGUCGUACCUUGCUGGAUCGCUGCAGGAGAUUCGGCUGCGUUUGCCGGUGCUGAUGACCAAGUUUGUCGAGCCGGUGCAACUGGGUGCCAACGACUUUUUCGAACGCUGGAGGCAGAUCGGCGGUGCGCCGCGGGAGGCACAGAAGAUCUUCUCGUUCAAGCUGUCGGCUGCGGGCCAAGUGGACGUGGCGAGGCAGAGGAGGAUCUUGGAGGGCGCUCGCAUGCAGGUGUUGGAGGGUGUGGAUGCAAACGCGACCAAUUCAGUGGCUGCUGGUGUGCUGCACAUGGCGGAUGCGGGCAAAGUCGGGUGUCUGUUGAGGUUGGAGCCGAACAAGGAUGCCAAGUUGGCGAGGUUGACCGUGAGGACCACCAACGAUUUGGCGAGCGCCGAGAUGUUAAGGAUCCUGCUGGCUGUCUUGGCGAUUGAUCAUGGCAAGUUGUAG